AUGGCUAUUGAUAAAGACGAAGUGGAUUUGUUAGUAGUCAUCGGCUCUUCAUUGAAAGUUCGUCCAGUUUCAUUGAUUCCGUUCAGCGUCAAUCCCAACGUGCCUCAGAUUUUGAUAAACAGGGAACCCCUCUCAGGAUACAGAGCGGACAUUGAGUUACUUGGCAACUGUGAUGAUAUUAUUGAGGAUAUUUGCUUAGCUCUCGGCGGCUCGUUCGUCGAAAUGCUGGAGGCACACCAAAGUAAGCUCAAAGAGCGAUCAAACGCACCUGCCGCCAAUGCCACUGCCAAUAACAAGCAAAGUACUACAUCGACCGAAACAGCUAGGAGAAGGAAAUGCAUUACAGAAGAGGAAUUCAUCCAGAUCAUGAAACGGCUGCAAAUCUCGGAGAAAUGUGAGGAGAACGGUGACCAGGAAGAGGUUGCAGUGAAACGACCGCGACUGGAAGACAUGUAUGACAGGCGGUACAUUCCGGUUGCCAAGCAUCUUCCAGAGCAUACAUAUUUCCAGGUUUCUACAAAUAGAGCUGUAUUUCCUGGAGCUGAACUCUACUUCGAUGUUGAGACCGGUGCCAUUUGUCAGCCGACUUGUUAUCGGUAGGU